AUGCAUUUCAACGAAUGGAAACCAUGCCGAAGUCUGCCAGUAGACAAAGGAUGGGCCUGGGUCGUACUCAUGGCCAGUUCAGUCAUCUUGAUAAUUGUCCAAGGAAGUCUCCGAACUUUCGGUCUUUUUAUAGUGGAGCUUCAACGAAAUUUUGAAACUUCAUCUACGACAAUAUCGAUUGUGUUGGCAGCAGAGUCGAUAUCGAAUUGCCUUUCAUCAUUUUUAGCCAUGAACUGUUUAUCGAAUAUUCUGUCUUCUCGUACGCUUAUCAUUAUCGGAUCUCUUCUUUCUGCUUUGUGUUUUAUUCUUGAUUCCGUGGCCAGCACAGCAUUGAUGUUGCCCUUUUUCCACUUACUGAGCGGUGCUGGCAUUGCAUUUAGUUAUGGUCCGUGUUUGGUGAACAUUAGUCAUUACUUCAAAAGGUAUCGUGGAACAGCCAACGCCCUUGUGUCUUGUGGGUCAAGCAUUGGCCAGUUUUUAUUCUCGCCUCUAAGAAUAUUUCUUAUAACUCAGUAUGGCGUUAAUGGAGCACUGCUCGUGAACUCUGCUCUCUUCUUGCAGUACUUUAUCGGCGAACACAGACUUUCUCAAGGUCUUGGGUUGAUGUACUUAUUCACUGGCCUACUAGCGUCUUUGUAUUACCCAUUUUUCGGUUACAUCCGGGACUUAACAGAAUCCUAUGAUGUAGGAUAUGUAAUAAACAGCGUUGCUCUGAUUGUCAGUGGAGUUCUGUUCCUGUCUGAAGCUUGUGUAAAAUAUAAAAAAUCACCCGGGAGUGAUAACUAA